UUUCAUUUUUAACACUCUCUCACAGACUAAACCCUAGCCUCCCCUUUCCUUUCACUCCCCCCAUUCUGCACGAUACCAAUGGCCGCCGCAGCUCGUCCCUUGGUCUCCGUCCAGUCACUGGAAGGUGACAUGGCCACCGAUGCAGCUCCCACCGUACAAUUACCCGCCGUCAUGAAGGCUUCGAUCCGUCCCGACAUCGUCACGUUCGUCCACUCAAAUAUCUCCAAGAACAGCCGCCAGCCCUACGCCGUCUCCAAGAAAGCCGGCCACCAGACCUCCGCCGAGUCCUGGGGUACCGGUCGCGCCGUCUCCCGUAUCCCCCGUGUUCCCGGUGGUGGUACUCACCGCGCCGGCCAGGGAGCCUUCGGAAACAUGUGUCGCGGCGGACGCAUGUUUGCUCCUACCAAGAUCUGGCGCCGCUGGCACCGUAAGAUCAACGUGAACCAGAAGAGGUAUGCUAUAGUCUCCGCUAUCGCGGCUUCUGCCGUCCCAUCCCUCGUGAUGGCACGUGGCCAUAAGAUCGAGAAAGUUCCCGAAUUGCCUCUGGUCGUCAGUGACUCAGCCGAGGGUGUUGAGAAAACAUCCGCCGCUUUGAAGGUUUUGAAACAAAUUGGUGCUUAUGAUGAUGCCGAGAAGGCUAAGGACAGCCAAUCUAUUCGUCCUGGAAAGGGUAAAAUGAGAAACCGUCGAUACAUUUCCAGGAAGGGCCCAUUGGUUGUGUACUCAACUGAAGGGGCGAAGCUCGUUAAGGCCUUCAGGAACAUUCCUGGUGUUGAGGUGGUUAACGUUGAGAGGUUGAACCUUUUGAAGCUUGCUCCAGGUGGACACCUUGGACGAUUUGUUAUCUGGACCAAGUCAGCCAUUGAGAAGUUGGAUUCAAUCUAUGGAUCCUUCGAUAAGGGGUCUGAGAAGAAGAAGGGGUACGUGUUGCCACGUGCCAAGAUGGUGAAUGCCGAUUUGGCUAGGAUCAUUAACUCUGAUGAGGUGCAAUCUGUGGUAAGGCCGAUUAAGAAGGAGGUGAAGAGAGCACCAAUGAAGAAGAACCCACUGAAGAAUCUCAACACUAUGCUCAGACUCAACCCCUAUGCCAAGACUGCUAGGAGAAUGUCGCUUUUGGCUGAGGCACAACGUGUUAAGGCUAAGAAGGAGAAGCUUGACAAGAAGAGGAAGCCCAUUACUAAGGAGGAGGCAUGUGCUAUCAGGGCUGCUGGGAAGGCAUGGUACCAAACCAUGAUCUCAGACAGUGAUUAUACUGAGUUCGAAAACUUCUCAAAGUGGCUUGGGGUGUCACAGUAGUGUGCCUUUUUGGUAUUUGAAGUUUAUCGUAAGACUAUAUAUUUUGUUAAUCCUUUUUGUUUUGCUGUUGGAACAAUUUUAGUUUGCAUUGAGUCAUGGAUGAGAAUGUAUGGAAGGAAAAUGAGAGGAAAGUGUGGUACUUGGAAUUGGGUUUUUCUUUCCAACUUUUUUUUUUCUCAAUUGUCUAGGUGGAGGAAAUUUUAUUACAAUCAUAAUCUUAGGAUUUAUUGUUUUUUGGCA